UACGUGGUUGCGUUUAUCAUGUGUUUAUUUUCUUCAUAUUGUAUUGGAAGUUACAAGAUUUAAAACGACAAACGAGACAUAGAUCAACCAAAUCAUAGAUUGACACUAUUUUAAUGCAGUUAUUACUCACAAGGUAUAAUAAUAAAAAUCUAAAACGAUAACUCACCUUCAUAGAACAAUAUCAACGGAAAACGGUGACAAUGUACGAAAAUUUAUUCAAAAGUCCCCUGCAAAGAAUUUUCUUGUACGGGACAUUAAAACGGGGUGAACCAAAUCACAGCCUUUUAUCCAAUAAAGAAUAUGGAUACGCUAAAUUAAUAGGACUCGGCAAGACGUUACUGAAAUAUCCUCUAGUUAUAACAACUAAAUACAACAUUCCAUUUAUGUUAAAGAAACCUGGUUUCGGCAACCAAAUAUGUGGUGAAGUUUAUGAUGUAGAUUCAAAAAUGCUGAAAAAAUUAGACGAGUUCGAAGAGCAUCCUAAUUUCUAUGUUAGAGCAGAAGAAGAUAUUUGGUUGGCAUCUGAAAGCAAUUUAAAAAAUGGGGCAGAAUUCGAAAAGGUUGGAGCUCAAUGUAAGGCAUGGAUAUACAUUUUGCCGAAAUUCAACGAAUCCUUGCUGGAACUUCCAAUGUACACAUCCUACAGCAACGAUGGAUCACAUGGACUAAAAUAUUGCGAAAGGUAUCUGCGCGACCCAACUUUUAAUCAUAGAGCUGAAGUAACAUCAUGCAAUUAACUGCAUGCGUCACACGAACAAAUUAUUCGCAAAUCAAUUUCAUAUGCUAAAGCGAAACCGAAUUAAGCAAGCUCGAUGAUGUUUUAUAAAGAAGUUAAAGAAAACAAACGUAAGAUAUAAAGGGAAAAGGCGUAUUGGCUGAUUAGAAUAUUGACUUGUAAAUAAAAAGUAAUGAAUGACCAAG